CGAAAAAAAAUGUUUUCUUACGUUUGUUUGGAAUGAACUUUCGAGUGGCGUCCCCUUUCCUCAGUGCCCUUCAAGGGCGCAAAACUGCCGUUUGGAGAACGCCCAAUGAAUUCCCGCACACGUAAAGGUGCUGCGAGCGAUGUUUUGGAAUACCCAAAAGUAUGUCAUAAAAUGUACAUACUUUUUUGAUAGAUUUCAUUGAAAUAUGUGUCUUGAAAUAUCUCGAAUCAUGUCUUUAACAGCUUUGUAAACAGUCAGAGAGGGGGCGGGCCGCGCUUUAUAGCUAAUCAGAAAUGCUCUCUGCCUGUCAAUCAUUUUGAGUAUACAGGUUUGCUGGCAUCGGGUUGGCUGACGUGUCUUAAGGGGGCGGGGUUUUUAGAGAGUGCGGUUCAAGUUAAAAGGCUGAAAUCGCAUGCAUUUUAAUUUUCUGUUUAAUUUUGAUGCAUACACUUAAAUAAUAAUAAUAACGUUGACUAUACUAAAAUAAAAUAAAAAACACACGCAGAUCUAACUUUUGCUAGGGGACUUUUGUAAUGUGUAGUCACGUGGCCUGAGCGCGCAUGCGCAGAGCGCACCAUUAACGUCGUGAACUAGUUGGAAACAUCAGAGGGGAAGAAAGGUGGACUGUCGAGAGAUAAAGAAGAUAGGCAUGUUUACGAUGCGUCAUUAUCUCGAUAAAUCAUUAGGCGAGUACAGAACAUGUCAUGGAGCUUAAAUACUAGUGUUGUUGAUGUCGUUUUCUUUUAUACGGGACUUGUGACAUCGGUAUAAAGUUCUUUGAUGGUGCUCUGGCUAGGCUUAAAGUUAGCUCGUGGGAUAAAGCCAGAAAUAACUCCGCGCAAGUCUCGUGCCAGAGAACUGAUCGAUCAUCGCGAGCUCUGCGCGCGACCCUCAGUUGUGAUAUUUGUUUUGUUUUGUAUUUUUUCGGUUGCAGGUAGUUAAGACUCGCUAGUCAGAUUGUUCUAUGGAUGUGUAAUCUAUAAUGGUUUAGUAAAUUUGAGCUGUUUAUAGUUUUUCGUGCGGCACAAUAGUUUUUCGUGAUAAUACAGUACAAGUGUAUACAACCUGUGCUGGAAACAUUACAAGCAGUCUGGAAAGAGCGAACCUGUAACCCGCCCUGAUGCCAUCUCAAGAGAGACAUUUUUAUCAGCUGUCUUGAGAUGUGGCCUGUGUUUGAUUGACAAUCAUGGGAGGAUGUGUGGGGAGAGAGCGCGCGGAGUCACGCGGACUCGGCGCGAGGACGCAGAGGAAACGUGGAGGUCGUAACGAGCCCCUGAAGAAAGACAAGCCAAAAUGGAAGAGCGACUACCCCAUGACGGAGGGACAGCUCCGCAGUAAGAGAGAUGAAUUCUGGGACACCGCUCCAGCAUUUGAGGGACGGAAGGAGAUCUGGGAUGCCCUGAAAGCUGCCUCUGUGGCUUUGGAGUGUAAUGAUCAGGAGCUGGCACAGGCUAUAGUGGAUGGAGCCAGUAUCACAUUACCACAUGGCUCCCUGACUGAGUGCUAUGAUGAACUCGGCAACCGUUACCAGCUACCGGUAUAUUGCCUGGCCCCACCUGUCAAUCUGAUUACAGAGAGAAGCGAGGAAGACCUGUCGGACAACCCUGAGCCCCAGACAGCACAGAAGAAAGAGUUCCAGUUAAAGGUUCGGCUCUCCACCGGCAAAGACCUGCGCCUGAACGCCAGCAUGACCGACACCAUUGGCCUGCUGAAAAAGCAACUGCUGGCUCACGAGGACAUUGAUGUGGCUCACCAGCGCUGGUUCUUCUCUGGGAAGCUUCUCACAGACAAAACCCGCCUACAGGACACUAAGAUCCAAAAAGACUUUGUUAUCCAGGUCAUCGUGAACCAACCAUCAACAGCAAACCACUAAAGCAGAGAUGUCAAAUUACGAAGAGAUAAAGGACCAAACUAUAGCAGUUACAGUAAAAGAAAAGACUUAUUAAACGCAUAAAGCUUUUUGCACAGACUCAAUUCGCUGCUUCUCAGUGUCUUUGUCUACCAUGAAAGAGUGAAAUUAGAUUAUUAAACGUUGAUCCUGCUCUUCCUGAGUCGAGUUCCUGGUGGAGUUUCAUAGGGAUAAGUUCAUGUUUCACAGCGAGACACUAAGUACAUCAAGUCCCCUACAAAUCAAACAUCUAGAAGACAAAUAAACCGACCGAACAGAUUGCAUCUUUGCUAACUUGAGCAAAAGUGCCAACGUGAAUAGCUGGAACAUCAAUCCUGGUAGAAAAGUACACUGAUUUCAGUCCCUUCACUAUGCAUAUCCUGCAAAGCCUAAUUUUCGUCAAAUCUCAACAUGGUAGUCUGAAAGUGAUCUCAACUUUUUGUUCUGUUAUUUUUAUUUAGUUCUUAAUAGUAAGAUAAUCUAACCUGAGCUUCAUUUUGCACACUUCAAAAAGUAUCUUUGUAUAGUAGUGCCUUGAAAGAGUAAAAGUAGGUUUUUAUUUUGCUUUGAAUGCAUAUUCAGCCUGGAGAUGGUUUUUAACGAACAUUUAUUUAAAACACUCUGUGUUUUAUAACUGAUGAGCACAACCCCGCACUUGCUAUGCAAUCUUAUAACAGUUAGGGGAAAAAAGAACAGAUAUAAGUAGUCAAUCUACACUUUCUGGCAUGGUUAAUACAAAGACACGUUUAAUUGAGCAUAAUGCUAUAUAUCUUGGAAUUCAAGAGCAUCUCUAUCUCUUGGAACAACUGAGUCUCAGUGCUCAGCCCUGUAGAUUACUGAUCAUUAGAUGAAACCGUAUUGCUGCCUCUUAAAGAAUGAUCAGUUUAAUCGGCUUAAUGGCUGUCUGACUUCCUCUAUGUUAAGUGUCUGUUCCUCUUUUAUAGUUGUGUUUUGCUGUAAGUGCUCAGGCUGCAAUCAAAACAUCACAUACAUAUUGUAAAUAUAUUUUCUGUAUUGUUUUAGAUUCUGAACAACCUUUAUUCUGAUUAUUUUCAGUAACCUAAAAUAACACUUUUUACUGAUAUGUUUUCUUAAACCUUCAUCAGUGGCAUUUCAAGCUGCAAAAAGGCUGUUUUGUUUAUAAUUGAUCAAUUUAAGUAUGCGUUCAUAACAUUUCAUAAGAAUCUGUUUAAAGAAGGAAGCCCUGAAAUGUCUCCGCAACAUGUUCACACACUUCCAAACACUGAAUCCUUAAAGUAAUAUUACAGGUUCAGUACAAGUUAAGCUCAAUCAACAGCAUUUAUGGCAUAAUAUUGAUUACCACAAAAAUACAUUUUGACUUACCCCUCCUUUUCUUAAAAAUCUGGGUUCCAGUGAGGCACUUACAAUGUAAGUCAAUGGGGCCAAUUUGUAAACGUUAAAAUACACACUGUUUCAAAAGUAUAGUCACGAGACAUAAACAAUAUGCUUGUUAACGUGAUUUUAGUGUGAUAAAAUCGCUAGCUAACAUUUUCUAUGUAAAGUUAUAGCCAAUUUUACAACUUCACUGCUAUGAUAUAAUGUCAACAAAACCUAAAACAAUGGAAGAAAAGACGAUUUAAACAACUUUACAGCUCAUUAUACAUGAAUUUUAACAGAAGAAUUAAUGCAAGUGCUUUUGUAAAAUUAUAGACAUCACAUUUCUGCCUUUAAACCCUCCAAAAUCUUAACUUGUAUUGAACCCGGAAUAUUCCUUUAAUGUCCAUUCAUGUUAAUGUAAAGGAAAACAUGUCUUAUCCUUAACUAAGUUGUGCAGGUUUUCUGUUUCUGAUUAGAUUGCUGUGUCAUUCUCAGCACACCCCACACCAGUUAGAAACCGCUCAUUACCUCAAAAGCAACUGUUCCUCAUUAGUCAGAGAGUGCCAAUGUGUUCAUUGUACGAACUCUCUUUUUCUCUUGUCUACUUUCUGCAUCACGCCAUUCCUUCUCUGUUGGGUUUCUCUUUCAUCUGUUUUUGAUCAUUGAUCAUCAAACUUGUUGGUUUAAAAUGGGUUAAAAAUGGCUAGGCGCUAUCAUCAGCAGCUUCGUCGUCCUGUCAGUUACCUCAGAAAAUCAUUUUGACUCGUGUGUUUAUGCAGAUUUCCAUUGAAAGUGUACGUUGUUUUUUUUGUUUUUUUUUUUUACAAACAGAAGUCCAAAUAAAAUUAUUUUCUGUUGUAAUCGACAGUAUGCCGCAGAUUUAUUUGUGGCAUAAUGUUGAUUACCACAAAAAAUAUUUCGACUUGUCCAUCCUUUAUUUGAAAAACAAAUUGCCAAAUAAUGCAGUUACAGUAAGACCUUUAGAACGGAAGUGAAUGGGGCCAGACCAUAAAUGUCAAAACACACAUUGUUUCAAAAGUAUAGCCACAAGAUGGAAACAUUAAGUGUAUGUGUGCAAGAUGAUUUUAGUUUGGAAAAAAAAAAAAAAAAAUCAGGGGUUCACCAUAUUACAGGGUUUAUACCAUUACAAAGUUAUAUCUAAUAUUGAAGUUGUAAUAUUGGAUAUAACUUUACACAAAUAAGGUUACCAAGUGAUUUUAUCACACUGAAAUCAUGUUAACACGGAUAAUGUUCAUGUCUUGUGGCUUUACUCUUGUGUAUUUAAAUGUUUAUGAACUGGUCCCAUUCACUUCUAUUGUAAGUGCCUCACUGUAACUGGAAUUUUUGCUUUUUUUUUUAAAUAAACGAGGAAUGAGUUGAAAUGAUAUUUUGUGGUAAUCAAAAUUAUGCCACAAAUGCUGUUGUUUCAGCUCAACUUGUAUUGAACCUGGAAUAUUCCCAUGUAAAGUCCCAUGCAAUGUAAAGCACAUAUCCUGUGAAAACAUCACAACAUCAAGUGUGGUCAAGAACCACCAAUCAUCUUUCAAGAAAAAGGGUAAUAAUUUAUGUGUCAUGAUUUAUAUGCUCUGAUAAGAAAGGAACAGCUCACAGUAAUGUGUACUCCUCACCUUUUUGGAAGGAAACGGAGAGGGAGCUGUGUCAGCCAUCUGACCUCCGGCUGUCUUGAUAAACCUGUCUGAAGGACUCAAACUUUGAAACCCUUAUGCCACCAGAGUACAAAUAAACGUGCUGUAACUGCUUCUCACAGCUCUGUGCUGCUGAGUCGGCAAAUGUAACAGUUUGUAAUUCUCUCAUUGUCAUCCACUUCGUCUUUUGUGCAACAAGCCCAGUAUCACAGAAAACAGAUUACUGUCUUAGCUGUAUGUUGUUUAUACAGUUCAAAAUUUGAAAGACAUAUAGACUAUUCAGCCUAGUUGGAACAUAAGUAAAAGGGUUCAAGUGACAUGUAGUAGAGGUACAUGUUAUGACAGGUACCCCUGUUUUGUUUUAGUUUUAUUAGAUGAAUUGCCCACGUUUUACAUAUGUGUUCAGAACACAUUCAUGAAGGCGUUAAAUUUAAAGUACACAGUGAAGAGGGACAUCAGUGCUGUUGUUUUUGCAAUCUUUAUUUUCCUGUAUUUAAAUGGAUAUCGAUGGGUCAAAAUCACAAUUCUGCAUUCAAAUAAUCCAUGUUUAAACAUAAGUGUUGGUAAAACAUUGCAAUAAGGAUCUAUGUGAACAUUUACUAAGAUUAAUAAAUGCUGUAAAAAUAAUCAUUGAUUGUCUUAACUAAUAACGUAUACAACCUUAUUGUGAAGUGUUACAGAUGUUUUCUUGUUUUUGUUAUGUGUUGUAUUUUAUCUUUGUAUGAAUGUAAGUCACGUAUGACUGAUGUAAUUUGGUUUUGGGUCUUUGUAUCUUGCUUUUCUUUCUGAGUCUUGCUGUGUCUGAUGACAUGAAGUUUCGGAUAUGUAAACUGAAAAACUGAGGAAGCUGCUAGCAAGCCAUAGUUGUGGAUCAUUUUCGACCGACUAGCGUGGGACAGUUUCAGAAGACUUAUUUUGGACAUUUUUCUUUUAGAUCCCAGAUUGUAAAAAAAAAAAAAAAAAGCCAUUACACUUUACUCAAGCCUGCUUUGGGCAUUUAUGUGUCCUACUUAGAGGCUUUAAGCAAAAUACAUGAACUUUCAUAAACUGUUUUAAAAAAGGAAUUUGUAUGAAUUCCUUCAUGGAUAAGUAUCUGUAUAUUAAGAGAUUUUGAAACUGUUUUGAAUUAUUAUACUUAAAUGUGCUUACAGCCUAUUUUACAAAAGUUAUGUACAUUUAUAAGGUGAUUUGUAUUUCAGAUGUAUUAAUUGUCAAUUAAAAGUAACAACUGGGAAAGUAAA